GAUUACUUUAAUGCGUUCAAAAUUAGGCACUAUUUAAUAUUUGACUAUUUGAGUAAUUUGACGAUACUGCUUGCUUUACCGGAUUAAUCAUGACAAAUACAAAGGAAUUAAGUGAAACUGAGAAGAAAGUCUUCGAGGCGAUAGAAAAAAAUGAUGUUAUACUCUUGAAAACACUUUUACCGGAAUUGGAAAAUCCUAAUGUUAUGGAUGAAAAUUCAAUGACACCUUUGCAACAUGCUGCUUAUAAGGGAAAUAAGGAAAUUGUUCAAUUACUUUUAGAUCAUGGCAGCGACGUAAACCUAUGUGAGCAUCAACAUAAUUAUACAGCAUUGCAUUUUGCUGGGCUUUCUGGUAAUCCUGCAGUAUGCAUAUCUUUAUUACUUGCAGGUGCAAAAGCCCAAGUGACCAACAGUGUGGGUAGAACUCCAUGCCAAAUGGCAGGAUUUGUUGGCAACAAUAAUUGCGUUGAUGCAAUCAACCACUUUGUUCCAAGAGAAGAUGUUGAUUAUUAUCUUACACACGAGCCCUUGCUACCUCCUAUCCUAGCUGGAAAGUUUCAUUCUUUCAUCAUGCAAAGUAGUGUCCAUCCUGUAAGAGUUGUUUUCAACCUCCAGAAGUAUAUAGGGUUGUCCUCACACUUGGAAGAGGUAAAAGCCAUUUUAAUGGCCAUGAGAGACAAGGAGAUGAAAAAAGGGCCUGAAGUGAAUGAAGUUAUGGCGUUCAAAUUCCAUUAUUUGGCUUGCUUAGUAGGAGAAAUCAUUGCCUUGAAAAAGAAGCAAACUGAAGGUGAAGGAAAAAAGAAGACAAUGGAUACCGUUGACUUAUUCACCAGAAAUAUGUUGAAGCCUAACAAAGAAGGAGAACUAGAAUUCAUGGAUAAUCUGUUGAAAGAGUAUAUCAAGGAUUUCUCUUAUCGCGAAAGCAUGAUAUUCAGACAGAUGGUGACUAGUCUUACUAACGAAUCAGCUACUUCAACUUUAAACGUUAUUAAAAUUGCUUUGAAUGGCAACAUGAGUUUCUUCAAUUCGAGCCAAGGUUGUGCCACUUGUGGUGAACCAGAUAAGAACUAUGUCAAAAAAUGUGCCAAAUGCAAAUCUGUUAUAUAUUGUGAUAAAAACUGUCAGCGCAUGCACUGGCAUUGGCAUAAGAGAGAAUGUGAUCGUCUUCAAAAUGACGCAACUUUAAGUGAGAAAAAUGCUCCUGAUGCCUCAGAAUUGUCUGCAGAAUUACAGAAAGUUCUCAUUGAUACCAAAAAUGAGGGUCAGUAAUGGUAAGACUAGUUUUAUAAAAAUCACUAGACCAAUUGAUUGAACUGAUGACUGAAUGGAGUUGCUUUAAUAGAACAAAACAUGUAUGCAGUUUUUAUUAUAUUUCUAGUAAGUUAUGCUAAGCUUUUAACUUUUAACCAGUAGAUUUUCCCUUUUAAUAAGAUGUGCUUUUAUUGUUGUAACGAUAAAAAGAUGAUAAUAUUACUCUAUUUCUUUUUUUCUAAUAAUAUUGUAUAUUCAGGAGAAAUCAAUAUGAAGUACAAAAAUAAUACACUAAUACAUAAUAUUGUUGUAUGUAUAUUACUAAAACUCAUUUUAUUCAUCCCACUUAUAAUACCUUUGAUGUUGUAGAUAAAUUGAUGUGAAAUUCUUGACAUAUAUUUUAAAAAUUUGUUAAUUUGUAUAGAAAAUAUUUCUAUAGUUCUUAUUAUUAACCAGUAUACAUAAUGAAAAAAUUAACUUUAUGGUAUAUAUUUUGUAAAAUGGAUUUCAUAUUUGUUGUUCUUUAUUUGACGAAUAUAUUAAGUUUGAUCUCGAUUUGUUUUCCAUUUUAUGUGGUAAUUUAGAUGUUAACACAGCCCAAUUUCAAAAAAGGUAUUAUAGUAUUGAGUAGGAAAUCUAUUCCUUUCGAGGUUUCAAAUAUAAUUGUUCUAUAAU